AUGGAUCUAGACGAUGAGGGGAGGUUAAGGAAUGUUUUUUGGGCAGAUCCACGUAGUCGAGCUGCCUAUAAGUAUUUUGAUGACGUGGUCACAUUCGACACCACAUACCUGACUAAUAGGUAUGGGAUGCCUUUUGCACCAUUCAUUGGUGUAAACCACCAUGGGCAAUCGAUUCUGUUGGGAGCUGGGUUGAUUUCUAAUGAGGACACGGAGACCUUUACAUGGCUAUUCCAGACCUGGUUGCAGUGUAUGGAUGGUAUAGCUCCAAAGGCUAUAAUUACUGAUCAAGACAGAGCAAUGAAAAAUGCAAUUGCUCUUGUCUUUCCGGAGACCCGACAUAGAUUUUGCCUAUGGCAUAUACUUAAGAAAGUCCCUGAGAAGCUUGGGUCAUAUGCAGCCUACAAGAGUGGGCUGAAAACGCAACUGAUGAAAUGUGUGUACGAUUCACAAACUAUUGAGGCAUUUGAAAAAUGUUGGGCAGAGUUUAUUAGUACAUAUGAGUUACAUGAGAAUUUGUGGUUGAAAAGUUUAUAUGCAGAGCAUGAGCAUUGGACAAACUUGAAGGAGUUUGUCGACCAGUUUGACAGUGCACUGAAGAAAAAAAUUGAGAAUGAAAAUCAGGCAAAAUUUCAGUCAUUUAGUGGCACCAUUCCUUGCGUUUCGAGAUCUCCAAUUGAGAAGAAAUUUCAAGAGUUGUACACUAACGCAAAAUUUAAGGAAGUUCAACAACAAGUAAUUGGUGUGCUUGACUUGGACCCAGCUCUGCUAACAUCGGAUGGUGUAAUCAAGAGUUAUUUGGUAGAAGAUGAGGUCCGUAUUCAAGAGUAUUCAAAACCCGUUACAUAUUCUGUGCAGUUUAAUGUGAAUGAUUGCAAUGCGAAGUGUUCAUGUGGGUUAUUUGAGAUGAGGGGGAUAGUGUGUAGGCAUAAUUUGGCGGUAUUCAAAUGUAACAGUGUAAAAGUAUUGCGAGACCGGUACAUUUUAGACCGAUGGAGGAAGGACAUCAAGUGGAGAUACACGUUAAUUCGGACUAGCUAUGACGCAGGGGAUCAGAGGCCAACUAGUAAUAGAUAUUCAAUUCUUUUGAAUUUGUGUUAUGGGAUGAUAGAUUAUGCGGUGGAUUCUAACGACCAAUUUGAAGAUGCAAAGAAGCGGAUACUGGAGAUGACUGAAGCUUAA